AUGCUACAUCUGCACCCAUUAAUACAUCCCAACAAUCGCCAUCACAAGUUCAAGUUUGAAACUUUUCUACGAAACGAGUACAACUUUGGACUCGAUCCAGAUAGACCAGUGUGUCCAUUAUACAACCCACAGUAUCCAACUACAUCAUGUCCAAAUGGAUCCAAUUGUCCCAAUAAGCACGUUUCGCAAAUGUACAAGAAUAAACUAGUGUGCAAACAUUGGCUUCGGGGCCUAUGCAAAAAGGGAGAUAACUGCGAAUUCCUUCACGAGUACAAUCUACGUAAGAUGCCAGAAUGUCUAUUCUACACCAAGAAUGGCUACUGUACACAAACUCCAGAAUGUCUCUAUUUACAUGUCGAUCCACAACUGAAAAUCCCAGAGUGCAUGAAUUAUAACGCGGGAUUUUGUGCCGAAGGGUCCAAGUGCAAAAACAGACAUGUCAGGAGAAUAAUAUGUCCUUUAUACUUGGCUGGCUUUUGCCCUUCCGGCUCUGCAGAGUGUGAGUUUACUCAUGCAAAAUUUGAUCAUCAUAAUCUAUAUUUGAGGAUUAGACCUGAUCCUACUAAAGUCGUUGAAAAACCGGCAACACCAGCGAUCGAAGACAGCGCUGAAGCUACAAUAAAACUUAACUAA